AUGGCGGCGGCUAUAGAAGGGCGUCUCGCUCAGUUCCGCGCUGCCCGCAGCGGCGCUGUCGCCGUUCCGCGCCCCGCCGACCCACCGGGAAAGGCCGCGGCUCCGGAGGCCGUCGAGGAACCGCAGGCAGCCGCAGGGUGCCCGGGCAGCGGCGUUCAGGUCCGUCCUGGCGCGACGGCGGCAGCUCCGGUGUGGGCGCGCCCGCUGUUGCUGAAGGUGUUGCUGUGGUCCGUAUUGCUGGCGCUGUUCGCGGAGCUGGAACUCGGGCUGCCCUACUUCGUCCUCUCCCUGCUCUACUGGAUGUACGCCGGCACCCGCGGCCCCGCCGAGCGGCGGCCCGGCGAGCUCAGCGCCUACUCCGUCUUCAACCCCGGCUGCGCCGCCAUCGCCGGGACGCUGACGGCCGAGCAGCUGGAGCGGGAGCUGCACUACCGCCCCGCCGCGGGCAGGUAGCACCCGGCCCGCCGGGGACUGCGCUGUGCUGGGUCGGCCUCGCAGCCGCCGCCCCGGGGAAGGGCCGGGCCUUGGGGGAAUGAAAUGGGGUUUGUUCCUAUGCAAAAAUCCGCCUGAGCCAUACUGCUGGACCCGGGUCUUCCGGCGCCGGAGGGUCCCGAAUAAAGCCGUAGCAAAGCCUGCACUCUGGUCUCGUUUCCUGGGGCCGGGCAGCUGUUUCGGCCGCUAUGGAGCGACCCCGAAAAGCACGGCCUUGUCAUAGCUGCGUCUGCCAGCGUGUCAGCUGGAGGGCUUCAAGUCCCAGGAGCUUUGCCACGAGUAACAGAAAGGCUGGCGUUUGACGACGCCUGCAGUAGAAGGGCCCGCUGCUGCUCUCCCCUGCACCGUAUGGAAACCACAUUCUGAAGAAAUUACAUGAAGCAAUAACCAUACACAUAAAAUAGGCUGCUGCUUUGGUUUGCAGUGGUGUCUUUCAUCUAACACAAACAUCAGAUAAUAAUUCCCUUUUUGCUUCAUAUUCCAGGUUUCAUAAUUGUAAGCCAAAAAAUACUUUUUUCUGGCCAGGUGUAUUUGUAUGAUCCACUGCUGUUUUAUAUGUAUUGCAUUGAGGCAGACCUGCUUAGCAAAGUGGUACUCACCACUGCUCAAAGCAUGUAAAAAAACACAUGGAUGUGACAUUUGAGAACAUGUUUCAGUGCUGUACAUGGUGGUGAUGCUAAGUUGGACUUGAUUAUCUUAAAGGUCUUUUCCAACCAUAACAAUUUAAUGAUUCAGUAAGUCAUCAUUUUGAAGAGCAGCUGCUAGAACUUGUGUCUCUGAGAACAGAGUUGAGAGGAAAAGUCACAAAUUGGUCUUUCAAAUCCUAUUCCAUUAUGUCUUUUCUGAUUUAACAGUUAAACUCAUUGUUAAGGCAACAUAAGUUCUAUCAUUGAUUGUAGAAACAAAAGUGGAGCUUUGAAUUUAUUGGGACUAGUAAGAGAGUAAUAGAUACACAGCUAAGCAUCUUUCAGUAGCUCUCCACAGCACUCUCACAGUUUCUGUCUUGGGCUGUUGUAUAAAUUCAAAGUCCUGCUACUUAAAGGCAAAAAAUUUUGUCAUUUGCACAUAUUCUGUCAUCCUCCAGUAAA